AUGGAGGACCUUAACCCAUUCGAGGGUGAUGUGAGCUUGUUCACCGAUCUCAUCGCUUUUGACGAUGUUCAAGCCUCCCAUCAAGGCAGUUCACCAUUCGACCCAGCCUCCACCUCGCCGAAAGAAACCUCCUCCAAUUCGUUUCAGGUCGCCGAAGAGGACCAAGAUAACGGCCAGCUUACAACAUACCCCGAAGCCUCAACCUUGGCCGCCGAUGACCUCGAGUGCACCCCCAAACCAGAGCAUACAACUGGCGAUGAUGGUGGGCAACCGCUCGAUGGGAAGAAAAGGCGCCGGAGCCGCACCUCGCCUGAGCCAGACUACUCCGAGAUGAUGGUCGAGCUGAACAAGAAGCGCAAGCGAACCGGACAGGCCUGUGACCGGUGCAAGAUCCGGCGGUUCAAGUGCGACCCAGGCCUUACCGGUUGUCUCGGUUGUCUGGACGCCGGGCUUGAUUGCAAGGUGACGGAUCGCGUCACUGGAGAGACUUACGUUCGUGGUGCUGCCGGUCGAAUGGCCGCUGAAAUUGAGGCACUCAAGGCCCACGUUGCGGCUCUACAGGAGGAAAACAACGAUCUCAAACGAGAGAUUGAGCCACGUUCCGACCUGCCAACCACGAAUACCAUCCCUACUCCUGACUUCUUAGCAGCCAUGGCCAGUCUGCAAGAUCAGCAGCAGGUACAAUAUCAGCAAGUUGUUUCUCUGCAACAAGAUAAUGAAAAGCUGCGACAAAGCAAUCGAAUGCAUCGAGAAGAUAAACGCGCGCUUAAGAAAUUAGUUGAGGAGCAGGAAGAUUUGCUUCGUCUGACUGAAGACGUGCCAUUGUUCAACAAGAAGCUCAAUUGA